AUGACAGUUGCAGAUAUGAUUAUUGAUGGUAAAUGGAGGUGGCCAGAGGAUUGGUUAAAUAAAUAUGAGUUCUUUAGAGAUAUUGAGGUUCCAAAUUUGAAGGAAAGCAGGGAAGAUAGGGUAAAAUGGCUCACUAAACAGAAUUCUUUGGUGCAGUUCAGUACAAAUCAAGUUUGGAAAGAUUUGAGACCUGAUUGGGAAAAGUUGGCAGUUCAGAGAAAGUUGAUGACUCAAGAUAGAAUAAUGAAAUGGCAGACUAAUGGGGAUUUUACAUGUCUUCUGUGUCAAAGAGGAGUUGAUAGUCAUGAACACUUGUUCUUCCAAUGUGAGUAUGCAAUGAAGGUGUGGAAGAAUAUUACAGAUAACUCUCCUAUAUUAAGUGGCAAUAUAGGGAUGUUUGAUGUAAUUGAGAAAAUUGCAGCAAUGAAAACCCAGAAUAAUCUUGCAGUUGUUGUUAGCAAAUUGGUCCUGGCUGCAUCUGUCUAUUUUGUGUGGCAGGAAAGGAAUUUGAGAAACUUUAAGAAGGAAGAGAGAAGUGUAGAAACUUUGUGCAGAAUAAUAAAGGAUAAUGUAAGGCAUAAAAUGAUGUCAAUUAGUGUUAAAAACACUAUGAAGGUGAGUAGUAUUGCUGAAAGAUGGAACUUGAGAUGGAGUAAUAACUCUCUGGUUGCUAUUGAAGAUUAA